AUGGCUGUGGACGUGAAGUCGCGAGCGAAGCGCUAUGAGAAGCUGGACUUCCUCGGGGAGGGGCAGUUUGCCACGGUUUACAAGGCCAGAGACAAGAACACCAACCAAAUUGUCGCCAUUAAAAAGAUCAAACUUGGACAUAGAUCAGAAGCUAAAGAUGGUAUAAAUAGAACAGCCUUAAGAGAAAUAAAAUUAUUACAGGAGCUAAGUCAUCCAAAUAUAAUUGGUCUCCUUGAUGCUUUUGGACAUAAAUCUAAUAUUAGCCUUGUCUUUGAUUUUAUGGAAACUGAUCUAGAGGUUAUAAUAAAAGAUAGUAGUCUUGUCCUAACACCAUCACACAUCAAAGCCUACAUGUUGAUGACACUUCAAGGGUUAGAAUAUUUACAUCAACAUUGGAUUCUACAUAGGGAUCUGAAACCAAACAACUUGUUGCUAGAUGAAAAUGGAGUUCUAAAGCUGGCAGAUUUUGGCCUGGCCAAAUCAUUUGGGAGCCCCAAUAGAGCUUAUACACAUCAGGUUGUAACCAGAUGGUAUCGGGCCCCUGAGUUACUAUUUGGUGCUAGAAUGUAUGGUGUAGGUGUGGACAUGUGGGCUGUUGGCUGUAUAUUAGCAGAGUUGCUUCUUAGGGUUCCAUUUUUGCCCGGAGAUUCAGACCUUGAUCAACUAACAAGAAUAUUUGAAACAUUGGGCACACCAACUGAAGAACAGUGGCCUGACAUGUGUAGUCUUCCAGAUUUCGUGACAUUUAAGAGUUUCCCUGGAAUCCCAUUACAACACAUCUUCAGUGCAGCAGGAGACGACUUGCUAGCUCUCAUACAAGGCUUAUUCUUAUUUAAUCCGUGUACUCGAAUUACAGCCACACAGGCAUUGAAAACUAAGUAUUUCAGUAAUCGGCCAGGGCCAACACCUGGAUGUCAACUGCCUAGACCAAACUGUCCAGUGGAAACUUUAAAGGAGCAGGCUAAUCCAUCUCUGGCUACGAAACGGAAGAGAACCGAAAACUUGGAACAAGGAGGAUUACCCAAGAAGCUAAUUUUUUAG